AUGCCGUGUACUCGCUGCUUCCGUGCAAAGCGUACAUGUCGGAUGGCGGAGGGCGCAAAAACUUGUCAGGGUUGUAGAAACCUGAAGCGUCCUUGUGAUAGUCUCGUGGUGGCGUCUAGUCAUGAAAAGUUGGCGCGGGUUCAAGCCGAGGUGGCUGAAGCGGCUGGUCGAUUAUCGCGGAUCCGCGCGAUUCGGAAGAAAGUAAAGGAGCGGCAUGUGGAGACGUUUUCUCGAGGGAUGCAGGAGUUAGAGGAGGACGACGUUCUUCCUGCAUUGGAUGCUCAUGAGAGUGGUGUGGUUGGUGAUCUUCAGUUUCAGGGUGUGGAGAACAAUCCGGAUUAG